AUGGAACCCAAAUUACUGGCAGCCCCUGCUGUCCACAACAAGUAUGGACAACUGGACCACCUUGAACAAAAAUUUGGCAAACAAGCUGAAGCCAUCAAAGAGACCCGCUCCAUUGUGGAAGGGAUCUCUCAAACCAUUGAUGGCCUUGAGGCUAGGGUUUCCCAAGCUCCCCAACCAAGUACCCCAGAGGACUGGAAACCCCCUGCAGUCAAGGAAACACCUUGA